AUGACAUGCCCAAGAGAACUUACCAUAUUCGGUGGUGUAAAAGGAUGGAACGCAGCCGACUGGACAGCUAGUGACGACACCGUUCGCGGCGGAUCCUCAUAUUCCCGUCUCACCAUUGAAGGCUCAUCCGCAUGCUUCCACGGCAACCUCAACUACACGACGCUCGGCGGAGCAGGAUUUGCCAGCCAGCGCACUACGGGCGAGAACCGGUCCUGGGAUCUUUCGGCCUAUGACGGCAUCUUUCUCGACUUGGGCUCACACGACGGCAAAAAGUACACCAUCACGCUCAAAGAUACGCUUCUGCCCCCUCUACCCGAUGGCCGCGAGCAGUCUUCGCUCAAUUUCGAGUUUGACUUUGAGUCCAAGGACGACAUGGGCGUGUUUGUGCCUUGGGGCGCCAUGAAGCCGACAUACCGAGGCAGAGAGCAAAACGACACUAAGCCUUUGAACACGCAGAGCGUUAAGCGAUUCAGCAUUAUGAUCCGGAGUUUCUUUGCUGAGCAGCAAGGCGACUUUGACCUUGUCAUCAACUCCAUCAAGGCUGUCUCGCAUUCCGGCGACGGAGAAAAGGGCAUCGCUGGUGUUCGUCGGGGAAUUGACGUGCAAGAGCCAUGGUCGUGGAAAAACUCGAAUAUGGUUGGUCUGGCUGUUAUUCUGGGCACCGCCUGGGCCGUUUCUUGGGUCUACUGCAAAUGGAAGGGUUAUGAUACUAGCAUCAUGCGCUUUUCAAAGUGGUUGUCGGCUGUAAAGAAUUAG